AAUAGGGUCUAACACAUCUUAUUAUGAAUUUAUGUUGAAAAAAUUGAAAUGCGGAAAUGUAUACGUCGCAUUUGGCCUGCGUGAGUUGCCGUAGUCGCUCGGUCGUCCUUGUCUUACAUGUGUUUUAACUGCAGACUUCUCUAAAAACUCUUUUAAAAUAACUGGAAAAGAUUGAAAACGUCAGGGAGUGGGAUGUUUUGUGUCUCUUAUGGGUUCUUCUGUUCCUUCAUAACAUAAGAUCAUGUUUGGAAGACGGAUUCCCUUUAAUCAGAUUGCAUUUGCUACUCUGGUUGGAGUGGUGGGAGGUGUGUAUAUAUACAGGCCUGUAUUUGAGCCACCCAGAAAACCUCCAACUGCACCAGAUCAAGACCUCAAGGCAGACUCUGAGGAGCAGAGAGCGGAAACUACCCAAAAAGAAGUACAAGAAGCAAAUGCAUUUGCAACCAAGGACUGAUGUCGAACAAGAGUUUGUGUGAGAGUUUGAAUGUUAAAUGCUUGUUAUUUCCAUAUACUUUGUAAAUGUUCACUAAAAUGUUCUAAAUAAAAUGCCUUAUUGUCACUGCAAAUUAGCAAAAAGAUUCUACACCAUUGUUAAUUUAUGGUUGCACUCUGUACACAAUAAAUUGACAAUAAAUUUGUUUAAAUAAA